UUAACAAAGCACAGCCUGCUUUCUGUGCAUUUGCAUUAGAGGCAACACAGGAUACACACUCACGUGCAACCGCUUGCACACUCAAUCAUAUCUCAAACUGGAGUCGGAGUGAGGAAACAGAAUGUCAGGGAAGGAAGCGCUGAAGCCAGUGGGAAAGCAGAAUUUGCCUCCAGUCUGCAGAGCUCUUUUCUGACCCGUUCUACAGGAGGUCUCAGGGAGAAGUUUAGCAAAUAUCUGAUGACAUUUUUAAAACUAGGCCAAGACACAAAACAAGAAGAUUUUAGAUUUAGUUAAGUACUAGAAACUUGACUCGGAUAGCACUCUCAGGAUCUGGAGAUUCAAACAGAGAAGUCAUAAAUCAGGAGGAAAUUCUUAAAAUUCUCUUUGUCUCUGACCCCUCACCGCUCUCCAGGUCUUUCAGAGUAUCAACAUCUGCUGCACCAUCAAGCUGAAAGAGGACACAUCAUCAGGUUUACCACACAAAUAGACCGCAAGGAAAUAUGAGUCUUUCAAAGACCGGGACACUGGAGAAGACGGAGCAGGCCCUCUCUGACCCGGGCUCCCCCUCCAGAGUGGGGUCAGGGGUCGUGGUGCCACCUCCCUACUCUCUGGGCGGCAGCGAAGCCGCUGAACCCCCCCUGGAGUUAAGAGGCUCUCUGGACUGCUGGGCAUGCUCUGUGCUGGUCACUGCACAGAAUAUGAUAAUAGCACUGAUUAACGGGGGGCUGGCCAGCAUCAUAUUUGGCACCAUCCUCACCCCUGCUCUUGUCAUGAUCAUAUUCGGCUUCCUCUGCCACUCCACGGUGCAGCCCCAUGGCACAUCUCUGUAUUGCUCAGACAUGCUGGACGACGGUGGCUGCGUGGCUCUUCUGGUUGUGGGCUUUCUGUUGCUCACCCCUCUGCUGGUCCUCGCACUCGCCGCCUACUGCCGCCUGGCCCGACACCUCCAGCUGGGAAUGUGUUUCAUUCCGUACAGCCGCGCCGUCUACAAGAACCAGCCCCCCUCACGCCACAGGAAGGCUGACGCAGGAGGCUGCUGUGGCCAGCAGGGUGCUUCAGAGAGGGAGGGGAAGGGUAGCGUGUGGGUGUAAUAGAGGAGAGGAGGAUGGUGUAUGGUUGUAAUAUGCAUCCCUGUUUAAUGAUGAUUUAAGGAUUUCUUUCUAUUAGUUUCUAUUUCUAAAGCCAUUGUAAAAAGCCAUAAUUUUUCCUAUCAUUUGUAGUGUUUGUUUAAAAGGCAAUGUUGCUUUUUCUAUACAUUUCCACUGUAUUGAAUGUAUUUUAUACCUUUUUACAAUAAAGUGUAAAUCCAGCUGUC